AUGGAGAAGGAAGGGAAUUCUCAAAGCCACAGCUCUGCCUCUCGGCUGACCGAUUCUCGGGUUGCAUGUGACUGGAGCCUUCAAGAUUCAAUGAUCCUUGUGAAGGAGGUCGGCACUGUCGAGGUCGAAUGUAAGGGUAAGCUUUCCUCAUCUGAUAAGUGGGUAAUCGUAGCCCAAAACUGCAAUUCUGUCAUGGAUAACCGAACCCUAGGUCAGGUCCGCCGCCGAUGGUUCUCUCUUCUCGUUGAUUACGAUAAGAUCAAGAACCAUCAGGAGAAGAAUUCAACCUCUUAUUGGUCUAUGAUUGAUGAGAAGAGGGUUGAAUCUGGUCUUCCCGAGAGCUUUGAUUUGGAUUUGUUUACACAAAUUUCUCAAGUCAAGCAGAUCGUGGAAGACAGGGCUGAUAUCGACCACGAUUUCGAGUCAGGUUCUAAGAAGCAAAGGGUGAAUCCUCAACCUGCCAAAGAACUGUCUCCUAAGGAAACUAAGCAAGUUCUGAUGGCCAAACUCCGUGAAAAGGCUGAGCUUAUCAAUCGAAUUGUGAAGGGAACCGGGUCCAGCAGAUUGAAGACUAGGCGAGAUGGGGAUGAGCUGAUCUCGAGUCUAGGAGAUCUCACUGAAGAACUGAACAAACUUCGGGAAUUGAUCCUUGUUGGUCGAAAAUAG